CUCUGUCUUCUUAUCUGGCCUGACGGCCCCACAGGAAAUUCAGAUUCAGACUACAUAUACAAUAUCGCUUUCUUUAUCCUUACCUACGUUCUUCCCAUCGGAUCAAUGGCGAUUGCUUAUAUCUCGAUGUCAAGGGUCCUUUGGCGUCAAUCUGUUGAUGGUGUCACAAACCAAGUCCAGCCAGAAGCCGUCAAUUCAAAACGUAGGGUGGUGCGAAUGUUAACUGCUAUCGUGGUGAUAUUUGGAGUUUGUUGGCUACCUUACCAUAUCUACUUUCUGUAUACCUACCAUGACAAGGAACUCGUGAAAGCCAAAUUUAUCCAACAUCUGUACUUGGCUAUCUACUGGUUAGCUAUGGCAAAUGCUAUGUUUAAUCCACUAAUCUAUUGUUGGACGAAUCAAAGAUUCAGGCGCAAUGUUGAAAAAAUUCUGUGUAGAUGUUGUGACAAGCGUCCCAUCCAACAGAGUCCACUCCCACCACGAAGGCAACCGGGACCACAGCGGGAAGUCAUGCGACUAACCAAUCUGAUUCCAAACAGGGGAUAUGUGCUAGCACUAAAAAGGAAUUCUUCAGAAUAAUUUUACCAAGAAAGUAAAACAGUCAACUCCACGAUAAUUUUAGUUACUGUUAAAAGAAACUGAUAUAUGUCAUAAAUUGA